CACGUGAGCCCCUCAGUCCCAAGGGACCCCGCCUCCCGGGCUGGAGAGUGGCCCGGCGGGCAGGUGCACGCGCCGCCUGCCGCCAGCGGGUCCCAGGCGCGCCCAGGGUGGGGGGACCCGGGGACCGGCUGCGCGCACGGCGGCUCUUGGGCGCUGCAUCCCUAGCUCCGCUCUGCUCCGCUCCGCUCCCCACCCCGCCCUGUGAUUGACAGGCAAGAUGUCGGUGUGGAGCGAGGCAGGAGCGAUUGCAGCAGCCGUCCCCCCUGGAGCCCGGCGGCGGCAGCAGCGGCAACGGCGACAGCAGCGGCAGCAGCAGCAGCAGCAGCAGCAGCAGCAGUGUUGUCGCGGGGAGCAGACCGCAGCCAGCCGCAGUGGGCGCCGCAGCCGCGCCAGCCGUGCGCACAGCAUCCCGAGAGCGCGCUGAGCACUGGGACCCGCGGACCAUGCCGUGUCACCGCGACCGGGAGGGGGACAGGCGCGCUCCUUUUUGACAUAAAAGCCAGCCGGCCAAAUAGAUUUAUAUACAUAUAAUUCCGCCCUUCACGGAGCCGGUGUGCGAAGCGUGAGCUCUAUUUCCCUCUGCCUCCUCCUUCCACUUCUCCUCCCCUUCCUCCUCCUCCUCCUCGCCCUCCUCCUCUUUCUCCUCCUCCUCUCUAAGUGUACAGACUGCACCCUACCACCUGGUUGGCUUCUGACAAACGGGCAUCUCUCCCUUUUUGGGGACCAGAGACACAGAGAAAGAGAGAGGAGAGAGACAAGGGACAUUCUAAUGCAGACUGCCUGAUACUCUCCCCCGCCCCAAAUAAUAAUAAAUUUUGGCUCUUGUCCCCUCCUCCAACCCCCCACCCCCUCAAGCUUGUGUGAGAUGUUGGGUUUCUUCAGGAGACACUGCUGAGAAGUCGCAGAGGUUGGGGAAGCGUAGAGGGGGUGGAUUCCCUCUACCUCCACUCCUUCCCUCCCUCUUUUUUCUUUCUGGGAGGAGGUGGAGGAGGAGGAGGGGAAAGGGGGUUGCAGAGCAAGCGAUGGAUGAGGAAAACAUGACGAAAAGCGAAGAGCAGCAACCUCUGAGUUUGCAAAAAGCCUUGCAGCAGUGCGAGCUGGUUCAGAACAUGAUCGACUUGAGCAUCUCCAAUCUGGAAGGGCUUAGGACAAAGUGUGCCGCUUCCAACGACCUCACGCAGAAGGAGAUCAGGACCCUGGAGAGCAAGCUGGUAAAGUACUUCAGCCGACAGUUGUCCUGUAAGAAGAAGGUGGCCCUGCAGGAACGCAAUGCUGAACUGGAUGGCUUCCCCCAGCUCCGCCACUGGUUCCGGAUCGUGGAUGUGCGCAAGGAAGUCCUGGAGGAGAUCUCCCCUGAUCAGCUGAGCUUGGAGGACCUCCUAGAGAUGACAGAUGAGCAGGUGUGUGAGACUGUGGAGAAGUAUGGAGCCAACCGGGAAGAGUGCGCCCGGCUCAACGCCUCACUCUCCUGUCUCAGGAAUGUGCACAAAUCAGGAGGGAAUCUCUCCAAACAAGAUUGGAUUAUCCAGUGGCCCACCACGGAGCCAGGGCAGGAGAGCAACCCUGUGUGUCCCCCGGAGCCCAGCCCAUGGAUCCGAACCCGCCUCUCCCAGAGCCCCAGGGUCCAGACCAAGUGUCCCCAGCACUUCUGUCAUACCAGCCCUACGCCUGGGACCCCUGUGUACACUCACGUGGACAGACUCACUGUAGAUGCCUACCCGAGCUUGUGCCCACCGCCACCCCUGGAGUCAGGCCACCGCUCCCUGCCCCCAUCACCCCGGCAGAGGCACGUAGUCCGCACCCCACCUCGCACCCCGAAUAUUGUCACCACCGUGACCCCGCCUGGCACGCCACCCAUGAGGAGAAAAAACAAGCUGAAGCCUCCGGGGACUCCACCCCCCUCCUCUCGGAAGCUCAUCCACCUGAUUCCUGGCUUUACAGCGCUGCACAGGAGCAAAUCCCAUGAGUUCCAGCUUGGGAACCGCGUAGAAGAGGCCAACACACCCAAAGCCAAGAAGAAGAGCAAACCCUUGAACCUCAAGAUCCACAGUGGCGUGGGCAGCUGCGAGAACAUCCCUGCCCAGCAGCGCUCUCCGCUCCUGUCCGAGCGCUCCCUUCGGUCCUUCUUUGUAGGCCAUGGGCCCUUCCUGCCCUCCACCCCGCCUGUCCACACUGAAGCCAAUUUCUCUGCAAACACGCUCUCUGUACCUCGCUGGUCACCACAGAUCCCACGCAGAGACCUUGGCAAUUCUAUCAAGCACAGGUUUUCCACCAAGUACUGGAUGUCUCAGACGUGCACGGUCUGCGGGAAAGGGAUGCUUUUUGGCCUCAAGUGUAAAAACUGCAAGUUAAAGUGCCACAAUAAAUGCACCAAAGAAGCCCCGCCGUGUCACCUCCUGAUCAUCCACCGAGGAGACCCAGCAAGGUUAGUGCGAACGGAGUCAGUCCCCUGUGACAUCAACAACCCAGUCCGGAAGCCCGCCCGAUAUUCAGAUCUCCACAUCAGCCAGACGCUCCCCAAAACCAACAAAAUCAACAAGGACCACAUCCCUGUCCCUUACCAGCCAGACUCCAGCAGCAAUCCCUCCUCCACGACGUCCUCCACGCCCUCCUCACCGGCACCCCCCCUCCCUCCCAGCGCCACGCCACCUUCUCCCCUGCACCCCUCCCCGCAGUGCCAGAGACAGAAAAAGAACUUCAACCUUCCAGCUUCCCACUACUACAAAUACAAGCAACAGUUCAUUUUUCCAGAUGUGGUGCCUGUACCAGAGACGCCCACCAGGGCACCCCAAGUCAUCCUGCAUCCUGUCACCUCGAAUACAAUCUUGGAAGGAAAUCCAUUACUUCAAAUUGAAGUGGAACCAACCUCCGAGAAUGAAGAGAGCCACAAUGAAGCGGAGGAGUCUGAGGAUGAAUUUGAAGAGAUGAACCUGUCCCUUCUCUCAGCCCGGAGCUUCCCACGCAAGGCUAGCCAGACCAGCAUCUUCCUUCAGGAAUGGGACAUCCCGUUUGAACAGCUAGAGAUUGGGGAGCUCAUCGGGAAGGGUCGCUUCGGGCAGGUUUACCAUGGACGCUGGCACGGCGAGGUGGCCAUCCGGUUGAUUGACAUAGAGAGGGACAAUGAGGACCAGCUCAAGGCCUUCAAGCGGGAAGUGAUGGCCUACAGGCAGACGAGGCAUGAGAACGUGGUGCUCUUCAUGGGAGCCUGCAUGAGCCCACCCCACUUGGCCAUCAUCACCAGCCUCUGUAAGGGACGGACACUCUACUCCGUGGUGAGGGACGCCAAGAUUGUCUUAGAUGUCAACAAAACCAGGCAGAUCGCACAAGAGAUUGUGAAGGGCAUGGGCUACCUACAUGCCAAGGGAAUCCUUCACAAGGACCUCAAGUCAAAGAACGUCUUCUAUGACAAUGGCAAAGUGGUCAUCACAGACUUCGGGCUCUUCAGCAUUUCCGGGGUGCUGCAGGCUGGCAGGCGGGAUGACAAGCUGCGGAUCCAGAAUGGCUGGCUGUGCCACCUAGCCCCAGAGAUCAUUCGCCAGCUGUCCCCUGACACAGAAGAGGACAAGCUCCCAUUCUCCAAGCACUCAGAUGUCUUUGCACUUGGCACCAUCUGGUAUGAGCUCCACGCCAGGGAGUGGCCAUUCAAGACCCAACCAGCAGAGGCAAUAAUUUGGCAGAUGGGCACGGGAAUGAAACCCAACCUCAGCCAGAUUGGCAUGGGAAAAGAAAUCUCGGACAUACUACUCUUCUGCUGGGCCUUUGAGCAGGAAGAGCGUCCCACCUUCACCAAGCUCAUGGACAUGCUAGAGAAACUGCCAAAGCGAAACCGCCGCCUGUCGCACCCCGGACAUUUCUGGAAGUCUGCAGAGCUGUGACCAUGGACAUUGGCCAGCAUCAGCUGCCUCACCCCUAAACCACCUCAGUCCCCCUGCUCUGCCCUCUGCCAGCUCAGGAGGCCCAGGCUCGCCGUCAGGGAGUCCUGACACGGCUCAGCCUGGGAGACCUUUGUGAUGACAUCGAGGCUGUCCACACAUUCGACUUGUACCCCGUUACUCAGGCAGGAUCAGGGACCGCCGAACUAGGAUCAAACUGGGCCAGAGAGGGUCCCGUGCAUGGUGUGAAGGAGCUGCAGACUGCGUACAACACCUCCAGGCUGUGAGAGACCAAGACACCCGCCCUGUGGGCAGACUCGAACUCACACGCCGGACCAAUGUGCGUGCAUGUGUCUACACCUGGACAGGGCCACCUGCUUUCCUUCUGGCUGGAUGAGCCAGCUGUGGAGUGUCCCGGGUGUGCUAUCCCGGAACAUAGGACUGGGAUGGAACCAGAAACAACACACCUGCUCUGUGGUCAAGGCUCCCAGGCCAAGGUCACGGUAGGGAGAGGGUGGUCUAAGCUUGCAAACAUCUGUUUUCAGAGGCCCCAUUCUAAACUGGAAGUGACUGGUAGCUGCUGAGCACACAAUUCCGAAGGACAGUAGGCAGUCCUGUGUGUCUUUCUAGCACAGGGCCUCUCUGGUGACCAGCCCCUGGCCUUUACCUUCCUCCUGUUUUGUAAGAACACUGUUCUAACUCACCUCAUGCCCACACUACCCUGGGCAACUGGAGAACACCAUAGCUCCUCAGCUGAUGUGACAUCUGGGGGCCCUUUACAGUUCACUACCAUUCAUGGCUCCCCCAAAGUUUGAGUCCUGAGAACUGGGGCUGUGGCAAGAAAGUUCUGGUGUGUUCUCUCUGUGGCACUAGCAAUGCUGGGGUUAAGUUCUCCCUCAGUGAUGGAUACGAUCCUGGGUGUGCAUGAUGGGUUACCUGGGUGUGCGUGUAACUGUUUACAAUGGUCUCCCUGCUUCUGCCUCUCACUGGCUGUGUUCCUUGUUCCGGAGGGGAAGAGAGGUUCCAUGGUCUCUGCUCUCGCCUGGUGCUGAAUCCUGAGUGGUUUCCCCACUGAGGACCCUGUGACCCUGUGACCCUUUGCCCUUCCCUUAUUGUACACACUCAGCACCCCAUCUCCCAAAGCCUUUCUUCAUUCCUUGCCUGAGAUGGAAGCUUUUCUGGUCGGUGUUGGGCUGCACCCCUCCCCCACCACAAUAUCCUGCCUGAGGCAUGCUGAGGAUGAGUGGUUCAGAGUGAAUGGUAAGGAGAGCCCUGGGGUCACUGGUCCUCGUCCCCAAAGCCAUGUCCCCAGUGGUCAGACCUGACACAAGAGGGAAAGCUGUCCCCAAGCAGAGAAGUAGCAGAGGUAGCCAGGCAGCGAAAUCCAAGCAAACAUACAAAACCAUCCCCCUUUUUAACAUGGCCCUAUUGGAUAUACACACUAGGACCAAGCAUGGGUCCAAAGCAGGGAGACUGAUUGACAGUAGUCACCCUUCUAGAGAUAUGUACCCCACGACACCCUCCAGUCUUUUCAGGACCUUCUCAAACCCCUUUGCAAAGCUCUUGCUGUCUGCACCUGGGGCCCUCAGGACCCACACGAGUUGUUCCCACAUGUCCCCUCUCCUGGUGACAUCUGUCUGUGGAUCAGCUCUUGUGCCUCUUACAGAUGGUUUCCUGUACAUUUGCUCAUGCCCCCAGGCCCCAGAAUCACUAAGGACCAUUCUCAACAGCAGCUGUAACCCCAUCUAGCCCCGUUCUGAAUAGUUCUCUGUGGCCAGGACUCGGCUGAAAUCAGCCCCAACCUCUUACUAAGCAUCUUAACGUGUCUCCUUUCUCUCUAAUCGAAUCAGGACCCCUUUGGUCCAUGGACCCCAGUCUCUGUCACACACCUUUAUAUCUUAGAGGAAGUAAGAGAGGAGAGGGUCAGGGAGGGCUGAACCACUGGAACCCUGAAGUGUCCCCAGGAACUGGGGCUCACUCACCUUCUAUUUGUCACUGAAUGGGCCCAGUGGGGCACAGUUCUGGGUGCUCCAAGGAAGCCAGAGGAAGGUGUCUCCUCAGGAAGGAGUGACCAGUCUCUUGCCUCCCAGGGUUCUGCCUUGCCCUUAAACUAGGGUUUACGGUCUUUCAAGCAUCCAUAGAAUCAGAGGAUGAUAGUAAUCUGCCUGCAAUCCUGGCAGUCUGAAGGCUGAGGCAGGAGGAUAACAAGUCUGGACUAUAUAGGAUUUCUGAAGGUCGGUUAGUGAUUAAGUACUUGGGUGUUAUGGGACGAGUCCCAGCCUUCCCUGCUCCUACACUGCUCUUCCUCUUAUGGGGUCGGGAUCUCUUGGGUCUAGGUCAAACGUUACCUCUUCACUCUUACUCUUUCCUGACCUCCACACCCACUGAGACUUGUGCCUGGGCUUCAGGCUUCAUCCCUCACUGACUUCCCUCCCUUCCUUCAGCCAUCAGGCCCUGCCUUACUAGUAGCCCCUUAAUGUACAGAUAUCUGAGUCAAGGAAUAAAAUUAAAAAAAAAAAAAAAAGAAUCAUUCUCUUCCCUGAGGAAGCAUCUGGGGAAAACUUAUUCCUUCACCCUGCACAGAGCCAAUGAGAAGAGAAGAGGCCAUACAGUUAGAGACAUUCCCCUCCAACUGCUGGCCCAUCCAGCCACUCACUUUGUACAAUGCCCCUUCUUCCAUCAGACCAGCCACCUACCCCACUAACACCAAAUGGCUUCUGCCCCUGCUUCACACUGCAAAGCCUUCGAGACAUAGGCUUCAGAGGGGACAAGUCCCUUCUGUCCUUGUGCUGGGACAUCAUCUAAGUCCCCAUCCUCAGAGCUUAAUUAGAAUCUCCAAGUAUCCCCUUGGAUUAUUUGGGGGGGGGAAUCCCCUUACUGGUCAAAGAGGUGGAAAGCCACCUUGCCAUGUGCUCUUGUUUUCUGUAGCAAUCUUGAACUCUUGAAAAACAGAAAUCCUAGACUGGUGUUGCUAGGUACCUGAUUGUAUUCAGGAUACCCAGGGUAGGAGGUGGAUGGAGCUCUUGCCUGAUACACACAAAGCCCCAAAUUCCAUCCCCAGUACCACAUAAACCAGGGAUGAUGGUGCAUGCCUCCUUUACCACACAAGAGAGCUGGAGGCAAGAGGAUCAGAAAUUCAGGGUUAUCCUUAAUCACACAGUGAGCUUGAGAGCAACCUGGGUUACACGUGACCUUAAUAAAUUUUGUAAAUUCAGGACACUUGGCACCUCAUGCUCCAUGUCCAUAUACUGCAUGUGCCACAAACACACACAAAAAUGGACUUUCUUCAUCUCCCACAUCCCUUGUCCCAGUUGCAUGUGGUCACCUAAGGUGCACAAAGAAGUGCCACUCACUUAACACUUAACUGGGAGCAUCAAGCUCCAGCCCGCAAAGCGAAUUUUACGUUAUUUGUAUCUGAGGAAAAGAAAAAGUCAAGAGAAGAAAAAAAUGAUUCUGGCAAAUUCAAUGCAAUUCAAAAUUUCCACCAGUCUCAUAUUGUCCCUAGCAAUGACAAAAUUAUUUGCAAAACAGAUCCUGUGACCUGUAGAGUCAAAAUAUAUGGUGGCUUGGUCUAUGGCCAGCUUGCCUGGCCAGUGAUAUAAUGGGCUGUCUUAGUGAUUGGACUUUGGGGAGCAACCUACAGGAAAUGCAAAGGCUUAGAGGGGACAAGCAGCUCCCUGACCCUGGCUGGCCAGGUAUGGAGCUAGCUAGGAUGGGAAAUGUGCCCCAGGAUAGCCGUGAAGGUGACCCAAUACAAAAUUGUGAACUGACUUACAAACAGUAAGGGUUUUUGUUGUUGUUGUCUGCUUGCUUUUUGGUUUUGGUAGGGUUUUUUUUUCUUUUCCACUUUUUUUUCCUUUUUUUCUAACUCAAGUGUGAACUUUGUAGGUGACAAUGUCAUGUCUCAGUGUCAAAGGGAUGAGAUGCACAGCUAGCUAGACUUCAAGCUGCCUUGGUCAGCCAGUGACACUGGCAUACAAGGUUGACUUAAAAAACAGUUGCUCAUUACUCCCAGAUCUAGGGUGAUCUCUGAGGUACCUUCCUGUAGUCUCUUGUCUCUGGGGUCAUCUUCUUCUAAGACCACUAAUAACACCACCUUUACUCCUUGAUCCGGGCCCCACUCCUCAGACCUCUUCAAAGAUUCUUUCUCUGAAUGUACACUGGGGACUCCAACAGAUGUUGGGGAAUGACUCAAGAUGAGCAUUAUGGGGGUCAUUGUUCAGUUCUGUACCAAGACCUUGGAGGUAGCUAAGGCUGUGGGUUUUCAAUACCUGCUGCCCUCCCAUCUCUGGCUUUUCAUUCCCACUUUGUCCCCAAGUUCAAGUCCCCACAAGGGCCCUUCAUGUCCUCAUGCCCUGCCUGUCUUCAUUCCACCCAUCUGCCCUCCUAAGGACUGGUCUUGUUCCUAGAGUGAUCCUGGUAAAGCGAAGCUUCCCUCUGCCCCUGUGUUGACUUCUGUGACAAACUACCACACACCAAGAGGCUUUUCACAGUGAAGAUGGAUGCCCUCACCAUCCUACAGAUGCAAAGUCCGAACACAAAGUGUCCACAUGACCUACCUCCUCUGGACUUUGGGAGUGUUUUCUUCUUGCCUCUUGACAUGUAGUGGUAUGUGAUAAACUGAUAUUCCCUGGCUUGUGGGAGCAUCUCUCCAGUCUUUACCUUUGCCUCCACUGGCCAAAAUGAACUCCUUGCAUCUGUCUUUGUGCGACUCUUUUUUAUGAGGAUCCAGUCCUGUUGAAUCAGGAUGCUCUGUAUUCGUUACUUUGUAACUUGUGAUUGUAACCAAAUGCUAGUAGAAACAGUUUAAGGGAGUAAUUACAUGUUUUGGCUCAGUCCAUAGUUGCCUGACCCUGUGUUUCUGGGCCUUUCUUGAGGCGGGUGUUCAUCAAUAGUAUGGGGGUGAGGAGAGGAGUUUCUUCAUGGCAAACAGGAAGCAAAGAGAGCAAUACAGGAAGGAGUCGGGAGUGAGGUGUGUUAUGCCACUUCCUCCAGCUAGGACCUUUGAGCAUCACAUUGUGAAUCCAUCCAGGGACUUGUGAGUUAGGUCAGAGGUAUCAGUAUGUCUCCAGAAACUUCAUCACAUAUACCCAGAGGUAUGUGAUUGAUUCCCUUGAAAUGCAUUUCUUAAUUCUGUCAAGAUGUCAAUCAAGAUUACAUAUCACACUGCUUCACAGGCCUGCAUGACUCUGUUUCAAAUCAGGGCCCAUUCUGAGGUCCUGGAACACUACCCAAACCCUAGCACUCUCCCAGUGACUCUCCUAUGAAUACAUAUGCCAUCUUAAUUUCUUUGUGGAAAAACCCUGGGCCACCCAGAGACAGAUUUCCCAGAACCCCUGGGCCACUUCUCAAUCCUACCCAUGACAGACAUGCCCCAUCCAUGAGCCCCAAUAGACAUAGAUGUUAGAGUAGGCAAUGUGGGAGUACCAAUAAAGUUAUUGAGAUGAGGAUCUAGAAAGGUCUAUGUAUAAACAAUCUAGAAGGAUGAAGAUCUGGAGCAAGGAGAGUACAUGUUAAUGCUCCUGCCACUGCUGCCCUUUCCUCUAUCCUUAGCAGACAUUGCUAAUCAAUCUCAGCACAGCUUCUAACCACAGUCAUAGAGCAUUUGCCACAAAGGCCCUGAGUGUGACUGUAUGUGCUGAGAAGGGAAAGAAGUUUUCCCCGGAAAGUCCCUUCCAAUAAACAUGGGUGACUUUAGAAUUCAUGUCUCAGAAUUUCCAGAGACCUAAUCACUCAGGGUCCCCUUAGUGGAUAGUCUGCCUGGAACGGUACAAGAGUUUAUUUCCAAUUAGAGAGUUGGGCCAACUGGCAAAGGCUUUCUUCCCAGGUAACCUGCUACUGAUACUAUGUUGAAACAGUGUUGAAACAAGGGAACUGACUCUAAUUGUAUUUUGGCCUCUUCCCUGCACCUGAGUCUCAAAAUCAAGUUUUUAGCCAAUGGCCUCUGAAAGCCACUCUCUCUACUCCUGAACUCUUAAAAUGCCACUGAUUAGUGACCAAGAAGACCUUACAUAGCCCAUCUCUUCAUCUGCUGCCCUAUUCUACUCUUGCCCAUGUGCUGAGAAAGAUUGAAAGCUAGCUACCAUGCGCUUACAUUAGAUCAGCAGAUCCAGCCCUCCUUUCCAUGGAACUGGCAGCCAUUGUUGAUAGUGACAAGAUACAUUGUGGAUCCUUAGAUGUGAAAGUCUGAUGAUUCAAAUCAAAGCUUAGCUUUUCUUUUCUACUACUUUGAGGGAAGAUCUCAGCUUGGCUAUUUCUUCAUGCUUUAAAAAUGUCUUGGUUUCUCUCAAUAACCAACUUCAGGUGCCAGGAUAUAAGAUGGCUAGGUUCAGGGAUGGCAGAGGUGUUUCUAUCCAGUGGCCAGCACUUCCUAAGAAGCAACCAAUCAUGAAAAUAGAAGUUUGCAAUGUACAGAAGGCUGGGGGAGCUUGCCUGGGUGUGGCCAGUUAUGUACAGAGGUGAAGCUGAGGUCUGAAGGAGAAGGAGGAAAUGGGAAGAUCAGACUGGUUGAAUUAGAAGUCUGACAAUCUAGAUGCUGUUGGUCUUGGACCCAGUCAGUUCUUGGAUUUCUCCUGUAGCCAGGCUAGCCUCAAAACCUUGAUCCUCCUGUUCCUGGUAGAGAAACAGCCACUAAACGGUGUGAUAGAAUGUGACUGUUCUGUUCCUGAUCUGCCUGUGGCUGAUGGAAAGUUCUCUUUGUCACACCCCUAAUCAGAUCCAGGGGACCCAAUGGCCCAGAAUUA